UGUCGCAGGUUGCCAGCACCCGGAGCAGGUGGGGUUUAAAGCAGGAGGCUGAAGCAGCGGCCACUGAGGGGGUGGGGGUGUGAGCCCAGAAAAAAGCCGUCGCCAUGCGUGAGAUUGUCCACAUCCAAGCCGGCCAGUGCGGGAACCAGAUCGGAGCCAAGUUCUGGGAGGUCAUCAGCGAUGAGCAUGGCAUUGACCCCACUGGCAGCUACCAUGGAGACAGCGACCUGCAGCUGGAGAGGAUCAAUGUCUACUACAAUGAAGCAACUGAUCCAGGCGUGUCUGGCUGUGGACUGCAUGCAGCCCUCGACAGCUAAUACGGUGGCCCACAAGAUAGUAAACCCUACUACAGGUAACAAGUAUGUUCCCCGUGCAAUCCUGGUUGACUUGGAGCCUGGCACAAUGGACUCGGUCAGAUCUGGACCUUUUGGCCAGAUCUUUAGGCCUGAUAAUUUUGUCUUUGGCCAGAGUGGUGCUGGGAACAACUGGGCCAAGGGCCACUACACAGAGGGAGCUGAGCUAGUGGAUUCGGUGCUGGAUGUAGUAAGGAAGGAGUCUGAAAGCUGCGAUUGCUUACAGGGCUUCCAACUCACCCACUCGUUGGGUGGGGGCACUGGAUCUGGCAUGGGAACGCUUCUCAUCAGCAAGAUUAGGGAGGAGUAUCCUGAUAGGAUCAUGAACACCUUCAGUGUAAUGCCAUCUCCAAAAGUGUCAGACACGGUGGUUGAGCCAUACAAUGCCACCCUCUCUGUCCACCAGCUGGUAGAGAACACGGAUGAAACUUACUGUAUUGACAAUGAGGCUCUGUAUGACAUCUGCUUCCGCACACUGAAACUCACAACUCCAACCUACGGCGAUCUCAACCACUUGGUGUCUGCCACCAUGAGCGGAGUGACCACCUGCCUCCGGUUCCCCGGCCAACUGAACGCGGAUCUUCGCAAGCUGGCGGUCAACAUGGUGCCUUUCCCUCGUCUGCACUUCUUCAUGCCGGGCUUUGCUCCCUUGACGAGUCGUGGCAGCCAACAAUAUCGUGCCCUGACGGUCCCGGAGCUGACUCAGCAGAUGUUUGAUUCCAAAAACAUGAUGGCGGCCUGUGACCCCCGCCACGGCCGAUACCUGACGGUGGCAGCCAUCUUCCGGGGCAGAAUGUCCAUGAAGGAGGUGGAUGAGCAGAUGCUGAACGUCCAGAACAAGAACAGCAGCUACUUUGUGGAGUGGAUCCCCAACAACGUGAAGACGGCCGUGUGUGACAUUCCUCCCCGAGGCCUGAAGAUGUCUGCCACCUUCAUCGGCAACAGCACCGCAAUCCAGGAGCUCUUCAAGAGGAUCUCUGAGCAGUUCACAGCCAUGUUCAGGCGGAAGGCUUUCUUGCACUGGUACACCGGCGAAGGCAUGGAUGAGAUGGAGUUCACGGAAGCCGAGAGCAACAUGAAUGACCUGGUUUCCGAGUACCAGCAAUAUCAAGAUGCUACUGCAGAUGAGCAAGGAGAGUUUGAGGAGGAAGGAGAGGAGGAUGAAGCUUAGAGGUUGAGUAGGGUUAGUCCAUAGGCAAGUGUCCAAGGUGAGAGCUGUUCAGCUGUACCAGUGCAUGCUUUUCCAGUUAUUCUUGGUGCUUUUCACUGUUGCCUCUGUCAGCAGUUUUUGUAACGUCACUCUUUAUGUAACACUAGUUGCAAAAGAUUUCUGGGGGGAAAAGUCUUCUGUUUCAAUGUCUGAUCAAACAUAAAAAGUAUUUGUGUUUCU